GGAACAGCUUCAAACCGGUUUCUGUGGCACAAAGACCGCUUCCUGUAGCGGUUCAGUCAGUCACAGGGCAGCAGCAGCCACAGGAGGAGCAGCAGGAGGAGCAGCGGCAGGAGGAGGAGGAUGGCGGACACGGUGGAGCUCUGAAGACGCCGAGCGGAGGAGCGCAGAUGGAGAAAGUUUGAGGUUUGUCGGCGGCGGACGGAGCGCAGCGGCAGCAGACCGCUCACCUUGCUUCCUGCCGUGUCACCCAUCCUUACACCAUGUCCCCCCUGGGCCCCGGCCCCGAGGCUGCCCGGCCCCCGGCCCUCGAUGGCGGGUGGGGCUGGGCGGUCGUGGCCUGUAGCUUCCUGGCUCUGCUGCUGGGGUACGGCUCUCCUCAGUCGGUGGGGGUCCUCUACCCCGAGUGGCUGCUCGCCUUCGGGGAGGGGAAGGCCACGACGGCCUGGGUGGGCUCACUGGUGGUGGGAGUCGGACUCAUAGUGGGUCCCAUCUGCAGUGUCUGUGUGGUGAAUUUCGGGGCUCGGCCCGUCACCGUCUUCAGCGGCGUGAUGGUGGCGGGGGGGUUGAUGCUCAGUGCCUUCGCUCCCAACGUCCCCUUCCUCAUCUUCUCCUUCGGCAUCGUGGUCGGUGUCGGUGUGGGUCUGCUGUACACCGCCACCCUCACCAUCACCUGUCUGUACUUUGAGAAGAAGAGAGGCCUGGCGCUGGGGAUAGUGACCACAGGUACGAGUGUGGGUGGCUUCCUGUACUCGGCGCUGCAGAGCGAGCUCAUCGAGCGGUUUGGUCUGGACGGCUGCCUGCUCGUCGUCGGAGCGCUGGCGCUCAACGUGGUGGCGUGUGCCGGCCCCAUGCGACCGUUAACCCCGCCCAAAUACUACCUCAAACAGCGCGCCGCCAUCUUAGAGCGGCGGCUUCAAGAAGAGGAAGAAAAGCCUUCAGCCAAAGAUCCAGUUAUCGCCAUGGAAACCAGGGGGAGGAGCUUAUUCAGCUGUUCGGCCUUCGUCAGGAUGAUUAAGAUGAAGAUGAGACGUUAUUCCCAAUGUUUGUCCUCCAUGUUGUCUGUCCUUCAGGACAGAGUCCUCAUGGCGCUCUGCGUCUCUCUCUUCCUCUUCAGCGUAGGUAACUUCCCCCCUCAGAUCUUCCUGGAGGACCUGGCUCGGAGCUCCGGGAUGACGGAGGGCGUCGCCUCCAUCUCCCUGGUCUCCCUCAACGCCAUCGGGGCCGGUGUGGGUAAACUGGGGCUGGGUGUCAUGGCCGACGUGCCGCGGGUCGACAGCGUCCUCCUGUAUGCUCUGACGGUGGGAGUCGGCGGGUUGGGAGUUCUGCUCAUCCCCCUCGCCAGCUCGUACCUGGACCUCCAGGUGCUGUCGGUGGUCCUGGGCUUCCUGAGCGGGAACUGGACUCUGAUACCGUACGUCACCAGUCAGGUGGUCGGUGUGGAGAAGCUCGCCGAGGCUCACGGGAUCCUCAUGUUCUUCGGAGGCGCCGGACUCACGCUGGGUCCUCCUGUCCCUCUCAUUGGCUCCUGUGUGUCUGCAGGUUGUUUCUACGACUUCACUCAGUCCUACAAUGUCGCCUUCUACCUUAGCGGCGGCUGCAUGAUGGUCGGCAGCGUCGUCCUCUUCCUCGUCGCUGUCCUACCACGAACAGAUACUCCUCCUCCUCCUCUUCCGCCUCCUGACACCGAGCUCAUCAGCUGCACCGUUACCACGCCAACAGACGCUACCUCACCUGACACCUGAACAAAUCUGGACCCUGAUCCGGACGAUGACUUAAUGUUUACAGGAAGGAAUUUUUUACUGGAUUCUGAAAGAAUAAAACCAGAACAGAGUCUGAUUGGUCCUCUCAGUGGACGCUUCCACAGGUCUGGAAAAUACUUGAAAGUGCUUGAAUUGAUCAGAAUCUCUGAGUUUGACCACCCAACAGUCGAGUUUCAAACAAAUACGCAGCCGAUCUGAGGGGUACAAUGCAUUAAAAUGGAGAUAAUUUCCAGGUUUCCAGCUGUAUGAAGCUCUGUGACUGCGAACAGACGCAGUUAGGUGCCAAAUAAAGAGAAACCAGAGUGAGUGGAAGUGAUUUGUAUCAAUGUGGGAUGACUGACAAUCAGAACGGAAGAACAGUGCUUAGAAAACAUUGGUGAAACUACAGAUAUUUAAUGUGGCCACACAGAGAUAAAACAAAUAUACUGAGGCCACAUUUUCACUAAUUAAUAUAAAGUGUGAACGAACUCAGUAGCAUUUCGAGCACUCAGUGUAGUAAAACGUGGCCAGAAUCAAUAUUUUUUUCUCCAUCACAAUGAAGCAAUAUUUUUGGCGGCUUUAAAAAUUCCCUCAUGUUGGUGAAAUUAAAGGUUGAAACAUUUCUGAGGUCCUUUGGUGCUAAUUAAAAGGAAAUUCUGGUUUAUAUACAGUUUGAUUUUAUUCUUGUUUUUCUGGAUCUUUUGUAUUUUUACAGUUUUUAUUCAUCUUACUGAAAACUUGUUUUUUGUAAGUUUGUUUUUAUGAUUGUUUUGUAUUGUUAUGUGUAUGCUGUUUUGUUUUUUUUAAUGAAAAAUAUGUUCAUAUGACAGAAAAGAAAAAGAUGGAAAUGCACUUUAACUCUGAACAUAUUUUAGUUUGUUUAAAGGGUUAGAAAGAGUUUCACUAAUUACAUUUUCUUAAAUAAAAACAAACAGUUUAUAUGUUA